UCCUAACAGCUCACUAUUCACGAAAAAACUCGACGGGGUUUCUCCAACGAAUGCGUUGCCAAGCUCUAUUCAUUUUACGUCUUUACGUAGCAGUUCACUGAAGAAGAUGACACUGAUGGCCUCAUCUUCCUCGCACAAGAUGACCGUCCUGAGCAAAUUGGCACACCUCAGGAAGUGUGAAAUCCUGUGUGACAUCACCCUGCUGGUGGAGGGCGAGUGUUUCCGGGCGCACAAGGCCUUGCUGGCAGCGAGCAGCGACUACUUCUUACAGCUUUUCACCGCCAAAGAUGUUGACGCCAACACCGGGGCUACCUACCGAUUGGACAGCGUAACGGCUGCCACGUGCGGGGCGGUGCUGGAGUUCAUCUACAGUGCCCGGGUGUGCGUUGAGCAGGGCGCCGGCGAGCAGCUCCUGGCAGCCGCUCGGUUGCUGAAGGUGGGCGACCUCGUGAAGGCGCUGCAAACCACGCGGCGACGCAAGGGAGGGCGAGCCAAGAAGAGCCUGCUCGUCAGGAAGCAAAGGAAGAAGAAUCCCUCAUGUGACGACCACGCCGAAGAGCGACAGGAAGUAGCUAACAACAGAAAAGAAGGGGAGCAGCCCACUCGGGCAGGAAGACGCAGGAUCACGCUGCCCGUCAAGUACGACGCCUUUAAAGUGGGCGGAGACUUAUCACCUGGAGGAGGAGAGCCAGUAAGGAGGUGCAGGAAGAGAAAAUAUCAUGACACGGAGGCCAGAUGUCACGACUGUGGCAAGGGGUUCAAAAACCAUAUCUUCCUGAAGAUCCACCAACGGACUCACACAGGAGAGAAGCCUUUCUCCUGCCAGGUGUGCGACGCGGCGUUCACGCAGAAGCACACGCUCCUGGUGCACCAGCGCAAGCACACCGGAGAGACGCCGUUCGUGUGCAGUGUGUGCUCCAAAGUCCUCGCCACCAAGCACAGCCUUCACGAGCACAUGAACCUCCACCAAGAAAACAAGUCAUUCUGCUGCGACCAGUGCGGAAAGAGCUUCACUCAGAGGAGGCAGCUGAAAAGUCAUUACAGGGUCCACACAGGCAAAUCGCUUCCAGAGUGUGCUCAUUGCCAGCACAAGUUUUUGGAUACGGCCCAGUUGAAAAAGCACUUGCGCACUCACACAGGUGAGAAGCCGUUCACGUGUGAGAUCUGCGGGAAAUGUUUUUCUGUCAAGAGCACUUUGCAGACGCACAUCCGGAUACACAGAGGCGAAAAGCCAUACAGCUGCACCGUGUGCGACAAGUCCUUUGCCGACCGCAGCGCCUACCGCCGCCACGUGGCCUCCCACUCGGGCAAGAAGCCCUUCAACUGCUCGGCGUGCGGCCUCUCCUUCUCACGCCUCGACAACCUGAAGACGCACAUCAACACCCACAAUAAGGAGAGGGUGUCCAAAGCGGAGCCCGCCGAUCGAGGCAGCGAUGGCGCUGCCCUGCAGGCACAGGUCCAGAAAUAUCAGCUGGAGUCAGGCUCGGAGCAGGAAAUCCAGCUUCUGGUGACAGGGGAAAACAUCAGCUUGACGCAGGAUAUCGGCACUGUCACGCCCCAGAUCCAGAUGCUCGGCUCGCUGGACACUCAGGCCGGGCCGCCGCGGACUGAGUCCAUGUACGUCAUCACCCUGAGCAAGAAGGCCGCUGAGCAUCUGCAUGUGGCGCAUGGGCCCGCCCAACAGGUGGCGCCAACGCACGUCCAGGGCGUCCACGUCAACCAGCCCAUCUCCAUCAGCCACACUGGCGAGCACAUCUCCAGCCACCACAUCCACGGACACACUUUCCAGAUCCAGGCCGGGACCGUCUACGCCACCGCCGCGCCGCCACCCGCACACCCGUGAGCGCAGCGUCGCCGACGAAUCCGCUCUGGACCCAGCUCUGCGGCGACGUCUGCUUGAAGCCCCUCGGGUUCACGUUGGCGUUGUGGGCGGCGUCGAAACUGAGGUCCAGGCAGUCAGCCUCCAUCAGUUCAUUGCGGAUGAUAGAGUC